AUGGGAAAAUACGUGGUGAAUGAGCCGGACAUGUUCCCCAAACAGACCAUAAAGGUGCCAUUCCGCGAAAUGUAGGUGAAUUUUUUAGUGUUCGCACAGUGCGAGAAUAUUUUUUUGAGUCGAAAAAAAUUUUGCACAGUGCAAUUUUUCCUUUUUUGCUUAAUUUGAUGCACUGUGCGGAAAUUUAAACUUUUGCACCGUGCAAAAAGUGCGAUAUUUUCUUGCACGGUGCAAAAAACAUUAUCGUAUUUUUGCACCGUGCAAGAAAAUAUCGCACAAAAUAUUGCAGUCGCGUUUUGUUUUUGCAGUGCAAAAUUAAAAAAAAAAAAAUUUUUUGCACCGUGCGAAAUGUACGAUAUUUUUUUGCACCGUGCGAAAAGUGCGACAUUUUUUGCACCGUGCAGAAUGUGCGAUAUUUUCUUGCACCGUGCGAAAAGUGCGAUAAAUUUUUUUGCCCUGUGCAAAAUUUAAAACCAUUUUUUUUGCACCGUGCAGAACGUGCGAUAUCUUUUUGCACCGUGCCAAAAGCGCGAUAUUUGUUUUUGCACCGUGCGAGAAGUGCGACAUUUUUCCGCAAGGUGCAAAAAAACAUUUCAGUCGCGUUUUGUUUUUGCACUGUGCAAGAAAAGCGAUAAUUGUUUUUGCACCGUGCGAAAUGUGCGAUAUUCUUUUGCACUGUGCGAAAAGCGCGAUAAAUUUUUUGCACUGUGCAAAAAGUGCGAUAUCUUUUUGCACCGUGCAGAAAGUACGACAUCUUUUGCACCGUGCAAAAAACGCAAUACAUUUUUCCGCACAGUGCAAAAAAAAAACAUUUCAGUAGCCUUUUGUCAUCGCACUGUGCGAAUUUUUUCUUUUUCUUUUUUCGCACCGUGCAAAAAAAGAAAAAAAUAUUUCGUCGUAAACAACGUGCUAAUACAAAUUUUUGCUCGAAUUCUCUCAAAAUCACCAUAAAAAUUUCAAUUUCAGCACCAUGCGGUAUACGCAUGCGAUUGUGGCUCGGAUUCCGCAGCAGCUAAAAUUCGAAAACAAAAAAGCUGCCGGUAAAGUUGACCUGGAGAAGGCUCGGAAACAGAUCGAAGACUUGAAUGAAACACUACGAGAGGUGAGUUAUCUCCCAUAUUUUUUAUGAAUUUAGAUUUUUUUUCCUACUCGCAGAGUAGAUAAGAUCGCUUGGAAAUCGGCCAAAAAGUCUUAUCAGCAGUGACGAAGAAAAUAAAAAAAAUGCUGACAUCAUAACAGCUAUGUCAGCAUUUUUAUUUUUUCUGUCCACGGUAAUUUGGGUAACAUUUUGCACAGUGCAAAAACAUAGGCUAGUUUGCACUAUGAAACUGCACAGUGCAAAAUUAUAGUCGAAAAAAGCUUACAUUUUUGCACAGUGCGAAUUUUUUUUUGAAAAUUUCUUCCUCGGUCUAAAGACUCAAAAAAAUCCCAUUUCAGUAUUCUUGAUAACAUUUUGCAUACUGCCAAAACGUAAGCUUUUUUCCACUAAAAAAUUGCACAGUGCAAAAACAUAGGCUAAUUCGCACUAUGAAACUGCACAGUGCAAAAACGUAGGCUAAUUUGCACUAUGAAACUGCACAGUGCGAAAUUAUAGUUGAAAAAGCCUACAUUUUCGCACAGUGCAAAAAAUUUUUUUUUUGAAAAUUUCUUCCUUGGUCUAAAAGUGCAAAAAAAAUCCCAUUUCAGUAUUUUAGAUAACAUUUUGCACAGUGCAAAAACCUAGGCUUAUUUCCAUUACGAGACUGCACAGUGCAAAAUCAUAGGCUUUUUUCAACUGCGAGAUUGCACUGUGUGAAAACGUAGGCUAAUUUGCACUACGAAACUGCACAGUGCAAAAUUAUAGUUGAAAAAACCCUACAUUUUCGCACAGUGCGAAAAUUUUUUUUCUCAAAAUUUCAUCAGUCUAAAAAUCCAAAAUAUCCCAUUUCCAGGCCGGAAUCGAAGUGCUCGAGCUAGAGCCCGAAGAAAACACGCCCCUGCACAACCUGUACCUCGACGACACCGCCGUAAUUAUCAAUGGAAUCGCGUUGAUUUGUCGCCCGAAAAAGAAGCACUCGCGUACGGCGGAAGUGCAGUCCUAUCUGCGCGACAUUGUCUGGCAAAUCGUGGAGACGCCCGAGAAAGAGGGGAAACAAGAGGUUUUCCUCGAGGGAUCGGACGUGGUGUUUACGGGCAAGGAGAUUUUCGUCGGUAUCCGAAAACACGGGACGAAUAUGGAGGGCGGCGUGGUGGUGGCGAGAACCUGGCCCGAUUUGCCGGUGAUUCCGAUCCAGUUGGCCAAGGACAGCCCGCCGUUGAAGCAUUUCGUGGCGGUCGCCGCAAGUGGGGUGUUAUCCAUGGGCAAGUCGAAAGAAGCGACUGCCGUGAGACAGGUAGGUAAAAACGACUUGUAAACCUAAUGUUUUGUGAACGUAUAGGGCCUAUAGAUUCUAGAAAAAUUACAGUGAUCACCAACCACACUUGUUUUAAUAAGUUAUAGGGAUUUGAAAAAUUUUCGGACUUCUCGGCCUAAAUCAAGGUAAAAACCGAAAUUUUAAAGAUCUUACAUCGCCAUUUAGUAUCUCAAACAACUCUAACCACCAUCAGAAAUAAAUGUAACGUCUUUUUGAAAAAAUAUUUUAUUGCCCUGAGGGCAAAUUUGCCUUUAAACUGCCAAAAUUUGGCUAAGAAUUUAAUUUUUCUCUUUCGGCCCGAUUUCCACGAAAAAACCUUUUUUUCUGUACUCCAGAAUUGACAGUAAUACAUUUUAUAGGCCUUAGAACAAGUAUAACACAACUUUUUCCCAUUGUAUUACCUAUAACCACCCCAAUUUUCGAGUGUACGGUCAUCGUCUCCACUAAAAAUUUCGACUUUCAGCGAAUCGAACGAGAAUCCACAUUCCGCUACAAAGUGUUGAGUAUAGAUGCCGACGAACAUAUCAAUUGUAUCAACGCCAAUCAUCACCUCAUUUUUCGCAACGAAAAUGCUGACAAUUCGGUGAGUUUUGGUUUUGGUGGUACCUCAUGGAUAAUAUAGGCCAAAAAUAUGGAUUUUUUUGUCUGAAAAGUAGCUAAACAGCCUCUAGAACGGAUAAAAACAAAAAAGCUGUUGCACAGUGCAACAACGUAGGUUUUUUUCAACUACCAAAUUGCACAGUGCAGAAUCGUAGGCUUUUUUCAACUACGAAAUUGCACUGUGCAAAAACGUAGGCUAAUUUACACUACGAAAUUGCACAGUGCAAAAUUAUAGUUGAAAAAAGCCUACGUUUUUGCACUGUGCGAAAAUGUAGGCUUUUUUCAAUCAAUUUCGCGAUUUUUUAAAAACGCAGGGCUGCAAGAUAUAUCAAUAUUUUUGGCUAUUUCAACGGUUAUUUUUAUCUGAACCACUAAAGUUUUAUCGAAAAAAAUUUGGCCAAGAAUUUAUUUUUUCUUUAGGGACCAUUUUCCACUAAAAAAUCGCUUUUACGAAACUGCACCGUGCAAAAACCUAGGCUGUUUUCAACUAUAAAAUUGCACAGUGCAAAAACGUAGGCUUUUUUUUCAACUAUAAAACUGCACAGUGCAAAAACGCAGGCUUUUUUCAACCAUAAAAUUGCACAGUGCAAUUCUUUCUGAACCACCAAAGUUUAAACUCGAAAUUUUCAGAAAUACCGUCUUCUACAGGCGCCAACCGAGCUGUGGGGGCUUGCCGUGGACGAGCUAGUCAAGCUGGGCGCGCCCUUCUCCAGAUUCUGCCUGUUGGCGCGACGGAUAUCGUCGUUGAAGCAGAUCGACUAA